AUGGCAGCAAUUAAGACACAACUGGAGAAGGAGAUUAAGGCUGUGGCAGGUAUAAUAAAUGAAAAGUUGACAAAGAUUAGUACGGCUCUAAAGCAUGACAAGGAAGUCGACGCCGACUACGGUGUCGGUUUGAAGAAGACUGUUGGCCACGACGGUGAAAAGGCAAGCGAUUGUAGUAUUUUCGCAGAUUUGUUUCAGCUUAAGAACAACAUCACAGAGCUGGGUCAGAAUGUUAAUGGAGUGCAGAAGAGAGUCGGAUUAGUUGGUGAAGAACUAGAGAGGUGCGUUAAAGAAUCAAUUGAUAUGCUGGUAAAAGCGCCUAGAUGGGCCGCAACCAUCGUCGAUUCAUUGCGAAAGGAAGUGAAUGCAAAAAUAGAGCAGAUGUUCAGACAUGUUCAAGAUGAAGCUAAGAAACUCUACACCAACCGCAAAAAAAUUGAGCUCUCGGCCCUACACGAAAUUGUCACCGACCAACUUAAACAAAUUACAGAGAUCAUUAAGAACGAUCUGAACACCGGCCUCAAGGGCUUCUUGAACGUCCUAAGAGACAAGCAUAAUGGAGGUCAAAAACUCCACGACCUAAAGGACAAACAAAAUGUCGAAUCUCUCUCUCCCAAAUUAAAAGAUUAUGUAUAUGACAUUUUCCAGUAUGUAUUUAUCGACCUCCCCAAACAUCUCCCUUACUCUCAAUACUCCCCCCAACUCUCCGCCAUCCACUCCGCUGUGGCCACCCUCCUCUCCCACCUGUCCGACAAGAAACACUUCACCCACGAGGUCCCCGGAAUGCUCCAAAAACUCAAGACGUCCGUGCAAGCACUCCACUCCACAGCAUUCGCCAGCCCCGCGUACCCCGUGCUCGACGCUUUCCCCAAGAGCCUGGUAAAGUUCGUCGAGCAGCUGGAGAAGGGGUACGUGUCAACGUACUCGCGGAGAAUUAUUAAUUGGCAAGAUGCAACUGAAACAAAAUGUUGCGCAAGAAUUUUCUUAACUCUUUUAUAUACGCUGUUUAAUGAUUUGACGCAGUUGAAGGGUGAAUGCACAAAACGUCUGUCUACCAGGCAAAUUAAUCUCUCGUCUGAUCUCGGCAAUAUAUUGAAACGUGCUGGGUACACCGUGCCGAGCGGUCCUGAAAAACAGGAUGCUCAACUACAGAACAAAAAUACUAUGACUGGGCAGACUAUUGACAAUUUGCUUGCUGGUACUGUGGUGUCGGCAAAGCAUACCAUUAAUGUCAUGGCAACACUUGACGCUCUGUUCUCUCAUCUAUGCACAUAUAAUAGAGUUUGUCACGUUACUAUCCUAAAAUCACCGAAGACACCGUGCAAUAUACAUGACAUGCUGUGUUGGAUAAGCGGACUUAAGUAUAAUGCUGUUUUCGACGAACUGAAAAAGUACUGCAAUGCAUAUGACGCAAAAGACGAUUCGUUGCUAAAAAGAAACCUAUCCAAUGCCGUUGCAUACGGUUUGCCGGAUUUAGCUACAUACUCACACAAAUUAGUGAUCACCAUCCUUGGUCACGGUAACGCAUCCACAAUGUAUGCCUGUGACAUCACCAACAACUCUCUUAAAUUUAGAUAUCCUACUUCCGGCGAGGAAUGUUUACAUACACUUCUUGACUUACUUUAUCGCUUACUACCCGUGCUUAGAUUUCUACACACGCAGUGCAAUAACAAACCCGAACAUCACGGUUGGCGUGAUUGUCAGUACGGUGAAAAUAUUCCCACCGCCAAGUGGCCGUGUACCGACCAUCCAACCGACAAGGCAAAUAGCCAACCAACGUCACAAGCAAAUAUUCAACCAACGUGCGAAUCAAAGUGCCAACCAAACAAUCAAGCAAAGUGCCAACCUACUUCACCUUUAAUGUCGUACCUAAAUGACUGUCUUCCCGGUCACCUUCCACAUCAACUAAUAACCGUUGGUUGUAAGCCCAAAUGUUUAACCUGCCCAGGUAGUACACCCGGGAUGCCUUGUCUCACUCCCCUUGGUUUCAGAGGCUUUUCUGGAUCCAUGAGAAUGGGUACGGACCUGUGCGAAAUCAUUGAUACAUUCCUAUCAAACUUCCACUUGUCAUGUCUAUUUAGCCUCGCUCCCAAACCUCCAUCCACAUUACCAGAACACUUUGGUUUUGCGUUAUCGCUCGUUACUGGUUGGCUUAAUAACACUACCGACAUAGGGAAUGGUGUAUUCACAAAAUCCAUCAGCGAUGCCUCCAUCGAGUUGUAUAAUCAACCGAGCAAACUAAUCGAUGCACUGCGUAAUGCGUACGCCAACAGACAGCGUAAUCACGGCAAGAAGCAUACUGAUUCCGAAUCAUGUGACUUAUUAAGUCUCUCCAUAGACACAGCAUGUAAUGCCCAGCUUUGUGGCCCCUUCCUUCAAUCUCUCUGCAGCGACAGAUACCAUCGUCUUACCAACAAACACUCAGAUUUCUAUUUGUCGUGGGCCACUUACCUACCAUGGACAUUUUACAUAUACCUCCAAUCCCUGCUUGCCGAAUUCCAACAAAUAUCCUGCCGGGACUGGGGAUGUGGUAGAUGUCAGAACGGUGCCACCUGUAAGACAGGGCAGCAUGGUAGUUUUGAUACCCCUUGUCACUGCAAGUCUAUAGUAACAUGUAAAGGUACCAUGUCCGCAUUGUACAAAUACGGAUUUACAUUCGGCAAUGCGUCCAUACUAAACGCAAAAGGAAAUAGAAAGACCUGUACCAAAUUCAACUUAUUGUUGAAAAGAAUAAUCAGGUCGGACUACUUCAGAACAUUAUUCGAGAAAUGUGACGAAUUCCUAUGGUCCAUCAGAGAACCCUUCUCCUACCUCUUGUUAGCCCUCUGGUCGCUCUCUUUGCUCUACCUGCUGCACAUCACCGUCGUCCGCCUCGACGUACUCCGCAUCCGCUCCCACCUGCGCUCGCCCUCAUCGCACCGCAUCGCCGCGCAGUCGCUCCUCGCCGCCGCACGCGUCAGGGCACUCGCCAACGUCAAGUACUUCUCACCUUAA